AUCAAAUGGUAAUAGUUUGCUGUACAUAAUUGACAGUAUGACAUGCUACUUGAUUGAACAAAUUGAAUAGGUUUCCUGCUCUAAGUAAAAUUUGAGCUUUUUCGAUUUCUCAAUCUUCGGAAAAUUUUGACGGGCGAUGGUCUCGCAGUUCAACUGUUAGCAUUGCAGAUUACAGAUCUUGUUUUCAAAUCUCAGAUUCUUUCUUUCCCAAAUCAUAGGUAGCUCAUUGCAUAUCAUUAAAUAUUAGUGACAGCUGGUAUAGUGUAGCUUUGUUCCAAGCGAAAGGUGUAAAUGCUUGUCAUAAAAAAUAUUUAUACUUGUGAAACAAUGGCCUAUAUUUUGACUUACACAUGAUGCCAGUUUUUAUAUACUGCUUUCUAAUAUAUGUAGCGUAGUUUCCUGGUUAGUCUAUCUUUAAUAUAUUGUUCAGUUUGAUCUUUAUGUAUGGAUUAUUUAUCACUAAGAAGUCGAGUAUGUCCUAGGUUUGCUGACACUUCAACAUCUAAAGAGACUUUUCCGCUUGCUACGCAUUUAGGAAUGCGGGAUAAAAACAAAAAUUACACUGUUCUAGCAAGUUCGAGUGGAUCUGGAGGAGGGAGCAGUAACAGUGAACUGCAGUGGUUUUUUUCCCAAGUCAAAGGAACGAUGGAUGAGGAUGUCUCUGAGCCUGACAUCAUCUCCACUGUUGAAUUCAACUAUGAUGGAGAAUUAUUGGCAACUGGAGACAAAGGAGGUCGUGUCGUGAUUUUCCAAAGAGAACCAAUGACGAAGAAUAGCGAAGUGCGUGGGAGUGAAUACAAUGUUUACAGUACUUUUCAAAGUCAUGAACCAGAGUUCGAUUAUUUAAAAAGUUUAGAAAUUGAGGAAAAAAUUAAUAAAAUUCGAUGGUUACAACGCAAGAAUCCUGCACAUUUUCUACUUUCCACGAAUGAUAAAACAAUUAAGCUGUGGAAAGUUUCUGAACGAGAGAAACAAGCUUUUGGAUAUAACUUGAGAGAAGAGGACGGCCGACCUCGACGAUUUGAUCAGCUCGUUGUCCCUCGGUAUCAACCUAUGGAACUGAUGAUAGAAGCAUCACCAAAGAAAGUAUUUUCGAAUGCUCAUACAUAUCACAUCAACUCAAUCUCUGUCAACAGCGACAAUGAGACUUAUCUCUCUGCAGAUGAUCUCAGAGUCAAUCUAUGGCAUCUUGAAAUAACGGACAGAAGCUUUAACAUUGUUGACAUCAAGCCGGCAAAUAUGGAAGAUUUAACAGAGGUUAUAACAGCAGCCGAAUAUCAUCCUAACCACUGUAAUACAUUUGUGUACAGCAGCAGCAAGGGGACCAUUAGACUCUGCGACAUGCGCCAAGCUGCCCUUUGUGAUCAACAUGCUAAAAUUUUUGAAGAACCAGAGGAUCCAAACAAUCGAUCUUUCUUCUCUGAAAUCAUCUCUUCGAUCAGUGACGUAAAAUUCAGUCACAAUGGUCGGUAUAUGAUCACCCGCGACUACCUCUCUGUUAAAGUUUGGGAUUUGAACAUGGAAAGCAAACCGGUUGAGUCUUAUCAAGUUCAUGAAUAUCUUCGUAGUAAACUCUGCUCUCUAUAUGAAAAUGACUGUAUUUUUGACAAGUUUGAAUGCUGUUGGAAUGGUGCUGACAAUGCUAUUAUGACUGGUUCAUAUAACAAUUUUUUCCGUGUAUUCGACUGCAAUUCAAAGAAGGAUGUAACUUUAGAAGCAUCAAGAGAAAAUAGCAAGCAGAGGGCUCUUCUGAAGCCAAAGAAGAUAACCCAGGGUGGAAAACGGAAGAAAGAUGAAAUCAGUGUAGAUUCUCUCGAUUUCACACGAAAAAUUUUGCACACUGCCUGGCAUCCACAUGACAGUGUGAUCGCGGUUGCUGCGACCAACAAUCUUUACAUUUUUGACAACUGCGGCGUUGGAGCGGGAAAAGUAUGACGCCAAACAGUCACAUAAGGCAAUAAGUUUAAACGUCACCUCACGAACGCUAGGAUAGGCGAACAAAAUAUUGAGCUGACGCCACAAUGAGGAAAGUUCACUGUAAGUGAACAUUGAGUGAUAGAGAGUGUAAUUUACAGAUUCCCUUUUCCAAACCAAACCAAAAAUAAAUUUGGUCCAACAGUGCAGUUAUCUGUAUGCCAUACACUCAUUGGCAGUUUAAUUAAGUUCAAGUAAAAAUCUGCAAUUCACUCACCACAGAAAUAGUGUCUCAUUGAUAUAAAAUCUUUUUUUAUAUUAUAACAAGAUGAUUGAAAUAUUCGAUAGCUGGAUGAAGGGUUUAGAAAGGAAUGCUUAUUACAUCAAUUAGACACAAAUUGAGAUCUUUUAGAUACUGAUUGAUUUUUUAUAAGAUAAUUGCUGUAAAUAUCAGUCUGAACCUGAAGGCUUUCAAAUAAAAUAUAAAUAUUACUAGGUGCAGUUUUUUUUUAGAAAAUUGUCUUUGUAAUUGUUUUGCUGUUAGUGUUGAUCAAAUUAUAUGGGGAUUUCAGUGUUUUGUAGAUUAUUUGAUUCAGAAUAUCAUGAAUUUUACCAUAAACAAAUGGCUGAGCAGUUCUUCACAGACUUCACACAGCAUAUUUUUGUUUCACUUGGCAGCAAUAAUAUUUAUUUUCAAUAUAUAUAUAUAGCUCAAAGUAAGCAGUUAUCUCCAUGUUAUAAAAUGUUUUUUUUAUCAAAUAUUACUGGAGGAGGAAAUGUAGUAGUGAUAACAUUAUAAACCAAGCAGUUGCCUGACCAUCCGUAACAUGUUAACUCCCCUAUGAUAAAAUAUAGCAUGAUUUGCCUAGGUUUUUGCAGCUGUAAGUAAGCAAACAAAUUCAAUUCAGUUGGUAAUUAAUGUAUGGUAUGGUUGCUAUUAGCAAUAUUCAGUUGAAGUAUGUUUGAAAUAUCUGUUUAUUUUUGUUAUCCAGAAUGAAGUUUUUCGAGCUGCUAUUGUAAAAUAUUUGUUGAUAAAUUGUCACUUGAAGGGAAUCUAUCUGUAGUAUGUGAAAGUAAUACUUACAUUUUCUCAGGCUCAUUGUGUAAUGUGUUUGGUAUAUUCCUGUAUCCACAUAUUGAAUAAAAUCACCUAAUGAAUCUGUUGAGAUAAUGUUGUACUAGUGUUGUCCAAAGAAGAUGACAAUCUAUCUCCUAUUAUACGGAGGUGUUCCACCUCCGUCCUAUAUCUAAUAUUUGGCAGAAUUGUAAGGUUGAGCUGUGUUUUGUUAAAAUCAUAUCAACAUGAAUUUGUUAGGAACUGUGAUUUGGGCCACAAAAAUUGACUCUGAAGUUGCUGAUUAUGCACAGAAAUCAAAUUGGAUUAUUCAUUUGAAAUAGAUAAUAAAUGUCAAGUUGGUCGAUCAUGAUAAUUAGCAGGAUUAAGGCUUGCUCAGACAAAAUGAUUUCACUAUGAUACUGUGCUAUCUGAUGUUGUGACAAUGGAUAUUUAACAUGUUCUUCUGAUUGCUUAGACCAUUUGAUUGAAUAUGUUAGAAAUAAAAUAAGUCCCAUUUGGUUUUUAUAUCACUGAAUUUUCUAGUUACUGGAGUAUUCAAGGCAUAACUUAAAUUGAGUAAAAUCAUUUUAAAACGAAUCUUUUCUAUUAUCACAAGUUAAUAAUGCUAAUGAAUGCAUUAUACAAAGUUAUAGGUUGCUAAUUUUGAUGUGAAUAUAUUGAUGUGGGGAUGCAGUAAACUUUGAUUGUUGUUGUUGCAAUUCUUUUGUUUUAGAUGUAUCACCAAGUCGUUUCUGUUUAUUUAACCCUUUAAUAAUUUUUUGCGCUUCGUUCAGCAGAUUGAAAGCAAAAACACGAGGAAUAGAAAAUUAUAUUAUUCUAUUUCCUUAAAAAAUACAACAUGUUGCGGAGAUUACUGUUUAGUGUUCUAAUCAAAUAAGAAUAUAUUUGUCAUUUAUACUGCAGCUGCACAAUUUAUAAUUCUACACAUAUAGCUUCGGUUUUUUAAUUCUAAACUAGUCUGCGAUUUGGUUUAUUAUUUUGAUUUUAAAACAUUUUGAUGUAUCAGCCCAAAAAUUAAAUGAUGCGACUUGAUUUUGAAAUAAUUUCGGUGCAUGUUUGUCAGUGUAAAAUCGAAUCACACUUCAAGUAACUACCGGUAGUUCCCUUUUUCUUUCAAAACCGAUACAACACUCAACCUACUCGGAAAUGUUCUGUAGUCUUGCAAGUCUAAUCGUGAUUAUUUUUAAAUCUCUUAUUUGAAGUACUUGAUCUCCAAAAUAUGUCCUUACCAUAUCUUGAAUACUGGAAUAUUUAACUUGAAUCCGUGCAUGCUUCGUGUAUCAGGAUUUGACCGGAUUUAUAUUAUUUGCUCACAGUAAAAUAUAAAUGUAUCUGAUAGUCGAUGGUGCUAUAAAAUAUAUGUGCCGAAGUUCUUGUUCAGAAACAUACUAAAGGCUUUACCAUGUUACUUUUUUUUAGCAAAUCUUCAUUGCUGUAUUAUUAUGUUUAUGUUCUCUAAGUCUUUCAGAUUUAAAGUGAGUGGGAAGCAAGACCUCUAUUCCCUCGAAAAUUAUUUCAAAAUGAAUGCUGCCUUGUCGUGUAAUACUGAAGUCUUUAGUGUGUGCUGCCCUUUAUUAUACCUAGCCGCGCAUCCCAAGACUGCUUUUUUUUCUUUGUUUUGGUAUGCUAUUUGUUCAUACUCGACUUCAAUAUUCCCACAUCGGAUUUUUUGUAAUAUGUUUUUUUCUAAAAUAGGCAAUUUUUUUCCAUCAUAUGUUGUUUGGUUAAGUGACUUAUGAUUGUCGCAUUGUUAUCGAAUAUAAUAUUCUUUUGGUCUAGUUUUCAAGUUGAUGAAUUAUAAAGUACCAUGAAUUAAAAUCUAUCCAGGCAGA